CUCGAACUAUACUGGUUUGCUAGAAUGAAGCCAACUGACGCUGCACAUUACUCUACUGACUUGAAGAUUGAGCAAGGACGUAAAACAGCAGCAAUUAUGCAGUAUUCGUUCUUUUGGGAUGAGCAGCCACCAAAUAAUUUUUGCACAACUGAAGUAAAAAUGCAGCUACAACCGACGGUGACGCUUCCGAGAACAACGACUCAAACAAUUUCAUUGGAGCACGAAGAUAAGGCACUAGAUUCUCACAAUUCUAGAGAAGAAAGCUCUCACAAAAGCAACAACCUUGAGAAUAUGUUAGAAAUGCAAAUAGAAGAAGAAGAUCCCACUCAAAGCGACAUCACUCCCAGCACAUCUGAAUGCUCAACAGAUCUAAUACCCGCUCAAGAAUCACAAAACGUCUACAAUCCUACUGUCAUCUCAGAAGCAGACCUUCCAUAUCAUACAUUCUAUGACGCUAUGAUACAAAGAAGAAAUCAAGAAAGACAAAUAAGAAAAGCGGAGCAGUUCCUAAGGAACAGCGUUUUACUAGCCACACAUGACCAAGUCUAUAAUGAGUCAGUCACUACUGUCCGGCAAUCAACAGAGUACUGCGAUAUUGACGCAAAUGAUGAUGCUACGCUUUGGAUGUUACUGCAGCUGUCUGCUAAGAAGUUAAGAGGGCAGACCUGGCCAUAUAGAAAUCGUGACGAUCUACGUGAGCUGCUACUAAUACAACAUGUUGCAGAAAAAGCUUUCAAACAUCUUUUUCCACCUAUUAAACUUUGA